AUGGAGGACCUGUGCCCUCGACGGGUGUGGGGCUUCUCGACGGGGUGCAUCCUUGCCCCUCGGUGCUGGACACUCGACGUGGCCUCUCACCACCUCUCUCACACCCCUGUGAAAGGCAGCACGGCCGCCACUGAUCCGGCCGCCCCGGGCAACAAGAGCAUCAGAGGAGAUGCACUCCCGCUCGGCACGUCCAGCAACACGGCGCGCUUCGAGAGCAUGGACGAGACCGGGGCAACACUGUACGUGACGGAGCUGUUUGUGCCGUAUGCGAGCCACGUGGACGUCACUGGCGCAGCUGCAUCAGACGCUUCAGGGCAAUCAAACUGGUGUGCAGAGAGACUGCGAGCAAGCCUCCUACGUCAACCCUCGUGGCGGGCCAGCCCGGCCCACGGGCGUGAUAGCGCGGUGUCUCCCGCAACUGAGGCGGCGGAGAGCGGGUGCGUCGAACGUGAGCGUGCGCCGCUGCGCGCAUGGGUGGUGGAGGUCACGGCACUUCCCCCGCCUCCCUCGACUCUCGCGGCGGUGCCGCCGUCCACGUCUGCCGACAUUGCCACCACCACCCCCGCUUCCUGCUCGAUAGCGGCUGCGCUGCUACCCUUUUUUCGAGUCUUCCUGGAGGUGGUGUGGGACGGCGGCACGUCGACAUCGGCGGUUUCUCGCACCGUCGACGAUGCGGUGCACCGCAUCCUGGCGCACCUGGACUCACUUUACCGUACGCCAACCCUUGAGCUGGAUGGCUUCCGCUGCUUCGUCGGGAGUGCAGCAGCCAGCGGCGCUGCUCCGGGCGGGUCGGCGCGAGUGUCUCCGCUGACUGCCAAGGCACUGACUGUUGCAUCUGUCGUCACGCAACUGCGGGAGCCGUGCGCGCCGCACGCGCUGGCGGAUAUGGGAGGUGACGCUCCCAGCUCAGCCUGGGGGGUGAGCCUCUACUCGGCCGCUGGCGCGGCGUUUGUUCAGCUACUCCAACCCCCCUGCUCUUCACGACAGCCGCCACAGCAGCACCAGCGUGCCGUUGACGAGGCCCAUGGAAGCAGGUCGUGCUGGAGCCUGUACCUCGUCUCCGCAUCUCUUGCCGCCAGGCAUGGAGGUGCCGCCUCUGCCGUGCAGCACCUUCUCCAGCACGACCUGCAGCUGUGCUGGGAGGGACUGGCACUGUCCACGUCGAUAGCGGGAGCAGAAACGGUGGCUGCGGUAGCUGCGCUCCCACUGGACAGCGCAGACGCCGAGCCGAGCUCCAUCUACAGCUUUCCCUCGGUAGAGCGGGCGUGGGAGGCGCAUGUGGGUCGUUUUCUGAGCCAGCAGCGGCGUCAAGUGCACACGAGGGGUCUGGCUCGAGAUGAUAGUGAUGUGGAGAGUACUGUGGGGCGUCACGACACUGUGCGUGAGUGGGAGCUGCGCAGACUUUCAUCGUCGUCUCGUCCGGUGUUGGAGCAGCUUGGCGCCGUGCUGCACAGGGCAGAGCUGCAGCAGUGUGUCGUGGAUGAUCCAUCGCUAAGCAGCGGGGAGCGUUCCAUGCGUCUGGUCGCACGCGAUGUUGGGGCUCCGCUGGUUGCACCGCGGUGCACAUCGUACCUUCUACGCAUUUUCCGCGGCGCUGCCGGUGACGAGCAGGUGCGUGCCAGUGUCUCAGACGCCCACGCGCACGGCUUUUCAGCGGCGCAGACGCCUGCACCUAGUGAUGCAACACAUGCAGCCAGACAAGGGGAGGAGCGGUAUGUGCUCCAGCUGCACGCACCGCGGGUGCUGAGUACCCAUGCACUGGUGGUGUGCAUGUCUGUCCCCACGUCGUUGGUUGCAAGUGAGUGCCGCCCGGCGAAGGACACCGCGACGGAGGCGGGUGCGGAAGCGAGGGCCUUCAGCGCAGACGAUGCCGGCUCUUUGGCAGCAGCCGCUCUUAGGGCGAUGUACCGCAUUGCUCCCUACGCCCCUUCGCUUUGGCUGCCAUGCGAGGUGGCGCUGCGCGGCGGCAGUGGCGUCUGCUCACGGUCAGGCAGGCUCCUCCUCCACGUCCCCGCCGGGGACGCGCGCUAUGCCAACAUCCACGUGGCUCCGGUCGCAUCGAACGCGUUCACCACCCUUGGCUCCAUCAUCGCAUGGGGUCCCCAAAGCCCAUCGCCACGCCAAGGAGACGCUGCCGGCCACGACACCUCGUCGCCCGUUUCCCCCACAUGUGGCUCCCUCGCUAACACGUGCGCGGUGUGGACGCUGAUCGGUGACGGCCGCAGCGCCGCCGCGUACCUUGAAGACACGGUGUCCGAGUACAUGUACGACACCGGCGCUAAGAGUCUUCUCAACGUGGGGCAGCCGAGCCAGCACGAGCGCCAGCCAGGCCUGCUCGUAGUGCGACGAAAGCCAAAGAAGCGGUACAGCACGACCGGCUCCGAAACCGUGUCUGGGGCGGCUAAGGGGGCAGUGUCAUCUCUUGCCGUGCGAGAGGUGUGCUCCGCGUGGCUGGAUGUUGGUGAGACGCACCGGCUGUUUCUUUCCGUGCGCGAUGCCGGAAUGGGUGAGGUGUUGCUGGCCAAGGGCUCACUCGUCGGGCCGCACACCGAAUUCCUCCACAGGGACGGCAAGAGUCGCGACGCUAUCACCGCCGCAUUGGAGGUGGCCAGUCGCGCGGAGGAGACGGCGCUGGAGGAAUGGAUAGGCGGCAUUGCUGCUGCUGCCGUUGCCCCACAGCGCCGGUGA